AUUAUAACUUAUAGAACGAUGACUCAAAUUAUUUAUAGUGAUAAUGAUAAUCGAUAAUAAUUAUUGUGAACUCAAACACCAAAUCACCGGCUUUUUUCUGCGAUUGGGUAAACUCUCUGCCUUUCUCUCUCUACAAUCUUCGAUUCUCUCACUUAGAUAUUUUGAAGUGCUCCAUAUUUAUCUAUUGUUCAUUAAUCAAUUUCAGCUAAUAAUGAUAAUAACGAUAAUACAAUUAAGUAAAAGUUAAAAUCGAUUUCCAAUUGCUGAUUUGGGGGUUUACUGUAAGAGGUUUGGAAAAUCUUAGUUAAUUUUUUGUUUUUUAUAAUUAUUUUUCGGUAUUUGAUAUCUGAUGAUUUUGUUGAGUUUUGUUUUAGUGUAAUAGUACUAGUGUGUUAGAAUCAGACGGUAUCUGUUGCAGUCCUCAAUCAAUUUGGUGGAAAACAGUUGGGAGCAAAUAUACAGGAUAUAGGUUGUCAAUGGAGUAUGACAAUGAAGUGAAUGGUUUUGUUAGUGUUCCAGCUCCUGAGUUUGGUGCAAUUUUUAUGUCAAACAUUGCAACAAAGAGAGACUGCUUUAAACAUAAGGUCUUUGGUCUUCCAUCGUCCAUGGCUAAUUUUGUGAAGGAGGUCAAAAAAGGAAUGAUCCUUUUCCUAUUUGAAUAUGAAAAGAGACAACUUUUUGGAGUGUAUCAGGCUAUCUCAGACGGUGGAAUGAACAUUGUACCCCAUGCAUUUAGUUCUUCAGGGAAGCAGUUUUGUGCGCAGGUCCAAUUUGUGCCGAUUUGGUGUUGUAGUCCACUAUCAGAAAAUGAGUUCCGUGAUGCCAUUAGGGAGAACUACUUUUCGGCAAGGAAGUUCCACUUUGGUCUCUCUGAUGAACAGGUUCAUAGGCUUCUUAGGUUGUUUAGUUCAAGAAAGUUAAAGAGUAAGUUACCCCCGAGAAAGCUCACAACUGGAGUGAGCAAUAGAAUCGACGAAGGCCAUAUAAUGGUCACUAACGAAUCCUAUACAGCAAGUGGUGGCUUUGAUAUCAAAUGCUCUAAUGUUGAUUUAGGGCGUUCCCUGUCAAGAGGAUAUCCAAGGUCAUUCCAUGGAAUAGAAAGAGUCAAAGAUGACAUGUUUCCAAUUGAGCAUAGAGGGAGGGAUGAAGAUAUAAUUGAUUCUGUCGAACAUGUCUAUUAUAAUGAUAAGAGAAGAAUAGGUUAUGAUGGAACCUUAUCGAGAGAUAAUGCUGCAGAAGAUAAGAUUCAUAUUCACUCCCUCACCGAAGAAUUAGGAUUUUCUGGAGAUGAGUGGUCCUCUUUGAGUGACAGGGUAAAGAGGGAGCAUAAAAUCAGAAGAACCGUUCAUGAUGCAAAAGUGGCAAGAGAUCAGAUAUUAAAGGAAAAUAACAUUGGUAGUAAUUUUGGUCUGUGCAGAUCAAAUGAGCACAAUGGAAAGCCUUCAGACAGCAUUAGAACUAGACUUGGUAAUCAUUAUGCAGAUUUUUUAAGGAACAAUUAUGUGGAUAAAACACCUAUCAUGGAUAAUUAUCAUGAGCCUUCCCUUUCUUGGAAGAAUAAAAGUGAUCCCUUUUGGAACAAUGGAAAUGUAAGUGAUGAUUGGCAGAGUUCCUCGGAUGAUAGAGUAGGGAAAAAGAGUCAUUUGGACCCUGAUAUUAAUUCUACAAUUGUGUCUGAACGCUUUGUGAACUCACAAUACAAUCAGAAAGGAAUGUGUAAAGCUGGUAGAUUUCUUAGAAGAGACAUAAGCAGAAAUGAAUCAGAGUUUCGCACAGGUCUCAGAAGAGAAUUUGAUCAUCAAGAGGCCACUGAUGAUGUAUGCUUCCUUUCUAAGCGUAAAGGAGCAAAUGAAAAAUGUGUUGACAGCUUUCUUAUCCCAGCUGCUUCAAAUGGGAACUCCGCCUAUGCCGGAGCUGAAGUUGGUAGUUAUCCAAUGAAUGAUUUUGAUGGGUUGGUUCCUGUUACAGAAAACUUUCAGAUUUCUCUCACUGGGGCUGAUUGCACUGCUUGCUCUCCAAUGAAGAAAAGAAUCUCGGAGUACUCCACCAAGUUUCUUGCUGAAACAGAAUUUCCUCAGCCAACAGAAGCACAAAAUCUUGAUCCCUCUUACUCUAAUUUCCAUGAUGCAGCAAUUACAAGGGCCAUGUCAUAUAAGCAUGAGCUCCCUAGUUCUUGUUAUGGACAUACUGAGACUUAUGAAGUUGAACAGGGCUCAAACUUUAUGCAAAUGCCAUCUUCUUCCAAUAUUUAUGGAGAGAAUAACUUUGCAUUGUCUAAAGGUAUAUCUUCUCCAUAUUCCCAUCCAGAAUUUACAAAGAGGGGCCUGGAAUCAGCCUCUGGAGGCGGCAAAAUGAUUCUGCUUCGAUUGCAGGAUGAGCUCAGCACUCUACCUUUAGACAUUGGGAUUUCUGAGGCAAUGGAACCAAACAGGUCUGGUUCUCUUGGUUAUAGAACUGCUUUCAUUCCAAGGUCAUGUAUUUCUCCACAGUUAACUAAGGAUGAUAUUGACGAGGGUGAAACUUGGAGAUAUUCAUCUCAAGUUGCCCUCGGUUCAAUUACUAGAAAUUCUAUUUCUGGUAAUUAUCGAUGUGCUGGUGAGAGACUAGGAGAUGAGCAUGUUAUAUGGCAUGGGAGUGAUGCAACUCAUGUUGGAAGAAGAUGUCGCUCUCCUAAUGCUAAUUUGUUAGUCCAAGGAGAUGUUUUGACAAAUCUCGACCACACCAACAGACCUGGAGCAGACAUUGUUAAUGAUGAAUAUGGGAGCAGCAUAUUAACUAGUGUUAUGCGUUCUGAUUCCAGAAAUUCCCGAAGAAGUGUUUUUAGUCGUUUAUCUUUGGCUCCCAAAGUACACAAGCUAAGAGAACAAGAAGCUGAUCCUAGUAUGAGCUUUGAUGAACAUUAUAUGGAUACUUCAGUUGAUGAAAUCAUGGACUUGUUAUACAAGAAUCAGAAAAUUGUACCAAAAAAGCCACUGAAUCGAAAACCAUUUAUUCGAGAAGUUGGGAGUCGCGAAUCUAAUAGGUCAGGAAAACAUGCUGCAGUUGUCAAGAAUGGCACAGAGCAGCCUGGUGAUUCAAUGACGAGAGUUCUCUGUGAAAGUGCAAAGGAAGUUCUUGAAGAAACCACAAACCAUGUUCUUGCAGAGACUAGAAUGGUGGAUUUCAAGCGCAGGAGGGAGAAAAAUCGAGCUUCAGAACAGACCAAUGAUAAAUCAAACAAAGAAGAAAACACAAAUGCUGAUGAAUUGAGAGUCCUUCAGAAUGCCCAAGGAAACAGUUCUCAAACUGCAGUAGUUAAGCGUAGAAAGCUUGUGCGUCCAGCAUUUGAUGAAAACAACUGCAGGAGUGAUUUGAAUCACCAACUUCCCUGUUAGAUGCUUGGUACAGUUAAAACCGAUGAUUCAGAUUCGAGCAAAUUUCAGUCUUCUCUCUGAUGAUAAUUUGCCAUCAUAUAUGUGAACAACAAAAUGGUCACUCCAUUAGUCAUCAAGUUCUCCAACAUGCUAACUCAAGGGGCUGUUUGCAUAAACUGGAUCUUGGUAGAUGAUGAUGACGAAACUGAACAAGGCAACGCGGUGAUUUUAUACUAAAAUCAUACAGCGUAUUUUAUGUAGUUCUCUGGACCUCAAGUUGUGCGUGGAAAUUGUAUUUUGUCGUGCAAAGGAACAAAUUCACACCUUGUGUAAAUUUGACGUUUGCUUCCCCCAUGUUGUUCCUAAUUACAUGUUCUUAUUUUAGU